GAACUGGGAGGCGAGGCGGGCGGCAAUAGAGAGCCAAGCCGUGGUUGACGAGUGGUGCCCCACUGGGAAGGAGCGGGAGGCGCUGGAGAAAAGGUGGAGGACGAAUAUUGACCAGGCACUGAAGGACGAGGAGGAACUUCAGCGGCAGCUGUUGGAGUUGAGGGAGCGUCAUGGACAGCGCUUGUCCAGUGAGGUGGCGCGGGUGGAGGCCACCGUGAGGGAGCAGCACCAGCGGGAGGAGAAGCAGAUGGAGGGAGAGAGCCUUGCCUCACUGAAGAGGUUAGAGGACGAAGUUUCUGCAGAGUUUCUGAAGAAAAAGGCCGAGUUGCAGCAAAAGUCUCUGGCAGACGUGCAGCGGCUGAAGGAGGCUGCGGAGAAGCAUCACCGGACGGAAGUGGCGGCGAUGCGGGAGAACCAUGCGGAUCGAGAGAAGAAAGUCACGGAGUGUGGAAAAAAAAUUGCUUCGAUCCGCGCGAAGGAACGGGAGGCUGUUGCCGCCAUUGAACUGAAAUCAAAAAACGAGCAGGCGGCGUUUCGGGCAUCGAUGGAGGCAAAACUCGGCCGCAUGCGCGAAGAGAUGUUGUGUGAGGUUGAGGGUGCUUUUCCAGUUACGCUGGGCAAUGCAUACACGCCGCCGGUGGAUGAUGCCCUGGACGCAGUGCGUCAACGUUGGCAAGUGGAGGAGCGAAAAUGCAUGCAUACUCUUGAGGAGGAACGACGGAAGAAACUUAGCUCGAUAGAGCGACCUCAGUCAUUGUCUUCUUCUUCCUCAAAGACAUCAUCGACUUCUUCUCUUCCCACUACAGCUUCUUCUACCACAGUUUGUGCGGGCGAAGCUGGUGAGGAGCUCCGCGCCGCAAAUGACGUGGUGUUGGCGGAGAAGGAAAAAUCUCUGCAGGAGACGGAGAAACUUCUUCGCGCAAUGCUCGAGGAAGAAUUGCUGCACAAGGAUGCUCCAGCGGAGGUGCAGAUUGCGGAGGCAUUGAAGCAUGAUCUCAAUAUAUUUGUGCGAUCAACGGAGUUGUGUCGGCAGCUUGAGAGAGAGGACAUUGAGCGAAGAGGACAGGCGGCACUAGCAGAGCACAAAAGGGCGAGGGAACUCUACGAAAAGAAAGUGGUAGAGCAACGGGCAAAGAUGGAGGCGAAGUCCAGGGCAGUGAUGGAGGAGAUGAUGCGGGAGGUGGAGCAGAGGGAGGUUGAGAAUGCGCUGCAGGCUAUGACAAUGGAGCGGGAGGUUGCAGAAAGGAAACUUCAAAAGCGCUACGAGGAUGAACGUCGUCUGCUUCUUGCCGAGGUUGAUCAAGAGGCUUCGGCGUACGAGCGGAAGCAGCGGGGUGACAUUGUUGCACAAGAGGAAGCGAGGCUGAAGCAGAGGGAGGCUAAAAUGCACGCCGCGGAGGCGACAGAGGCGCCGGCGGAGGUGAGGCAGUCGGGUCAGCAGCCGGCAUCAGCACCAACCACAAGUACGCUGGGGGUUCCGUUGGGAUUUUUGCAUCAGCGUUUGGAGUUUGUAGAAAAGACUUACGCCGAGAAGGAGGAAAAAUUACAGGCGGAAUUGAAUUCCAUCCAUGCAGACAUGAGGAGACUGAGGGGCACGUGCACUCCACAAGGGCUGAGACCACCGCCAGGGCAGGCGGACGGCAAUUCGAUGCCGGAUGUUUGCUUUACACCCGCCUUGGCGUUUAACAAGAAGGAAACAAAACAUUCCUCACUCUUUGCCUCCGAGGCACUGCGUUUCUUGAGUGAACAGCAGAGAGAGUUGAGCGCGCGUCGAGGGGCUCUUUCCGCAGCCCGUGAAGAGUGGAAAAACACUUUUUUGAAUGCUAGCACCUGCGCGCGUUCUUUUCUUCCCUCAGGGAAGCCUUUUCCUAAGCUCACAGAAGGAGAUGCUGUGAACUCGAAGCUUCUUACACUCGUUGGCGUCUUGAGCGAGCGCCUCGAAGCUCUCACUGGCUGCAUUGCAAAAAUACAGACCACAACGGGGAGUGCAACGCCGCAGCGACAUGAAGAGCAGCUCCGUCCCCGUUCUGACCGCCUUCAUGCACGUGAAAAGAUUGCGGCCAACAAGACCCAUACAGGGAGCAACCAGAGGAAGGGAAGGAUUCCACGUGAGCCACACUCUCACGGAAGCCCGGCAAGGCAACAAGACGCAGUUGGCCUAUUGCAGAAAUGGAGUCAUGUUCUUCUUGAAUUUGCGACCCCUUCGUUAGAUCAGGAUGAGCUCACUACCUCCAUCCAACGCUUCGUGGUGGACCAAUGA